GGCCGCGCCCGGCCGGCAUUUGGGCUGGCGUGGCUGUCCCGCGGCGAGCGGCCCGCCGUGCCAUGGAGCUGCCGUGGCUGGGCGAGCACUGCUCCGAGCGCUCCUGCAAGCAGCUGGAUUUCCUUCCUCUGAAAUGCGACGCAUGUGGGGAAGUCUUCUGUAAAGAUCACAUCCGCUAUGAUGACCACAAGUGCAGCUCUGCCUACAAGAAAAAUGUGCAGGUCCCAGUGUGUCCCCUCUGUCACACACCUAUCCCAGUGCAGAAGGGAGAAAUCCCAGAUAUUGUGGUUGGAGCCCACAUAGAUAAGGACUGCAAAUACAACCCAGCACAGCAAAAGCAGAAGAUCUUCACAAACAAAUGCACAAAGCCAGGCUGCAAAAGGAAAGAGAUGAUGAAGUUGGUUUGUGAACAGUGUGGUGGCAGCUUCUGCAUAAAACAUCGGCAUCCUCUGGAUCACGACUGCAAAGGGAGCAGCCAGCCCAUCUCCAAGGCAGGAUAUGCAGCUCUGAUGAGAGCAUCUCAUUCCACCUUCACGUCCCCGGGAGCAACUGGAGUGCCAUCUAAUGGGAAUCGUCAGCACAACAGGUAUCAGAAAUUAAAACUAGGCUGGUGUCCACACGGCAUAGCAGUGCCCCUGUCACACCUCUAGCUGCUCUAGAGUUGGUAGCUGACCUGUAAAUGGUGUUGGGAGUGCAGGAGAGGGGCUCUGACAGCACAGGUAAAUCCCUGCUUCUCUGUAAUAGUAGUGAUUGAAGUGGCCUCAUGAACACAAACAUUAGGACAUCAAAUUAUAUCUGCAGAUUGGUCUCCCUCCUGUUCAGUGAGAGGUUUGGCCAAGUUCUGGAAAAAUGGUGUGUCAUCAGAGUGAGGAAGGCACCUGAAUUAAAAUAAAUGGCCCAAGUCCUUCCCUGGCAUGUUGUAGCUCCAUGUGACUGAAAUUUCCAGCUGUGUAACUCUUACAGUGCAUUAUUAUGUC